CACCUUAUAAAAAUAACAACACUCUCCACUCCCCAAAGCAACACUAGACUACACUACAUGUACACCUUAGUCCUAAAGUCACUAACACUGUAACCACAGUCUAAGAAUACUGUCGGCAGAGACAACUUUCCCCAUUUCUUGCUUUUUUUUCUUGUUUACACACUAACCUCGGUUUCUCCGCUAGCCGGAAACUGAGGAUUUGAGGUAGUUAUAGUUAUAGUACUGACCCACAUUUCACUUAGUUACAUUAUGGAAACUCACUGCCCAAAUUUUAGUUUCACUAGUUUUUACUCUGUGGUUUCUGGGGUUGUGUUUUUUUGGGCAGUCAUUGCUUCUGCUGGCCCUCUCCGUCGUGUUGAGGACACACAUUGGUAUCCUGCUACUGCCACUUGGUACGGCAGCCCCGAAGGCGACGGCAGUACCGGUGGGGCAUGUGGGUACGGAAAUAUGGUGGAUGUGAGGCCGUUCAGGGCAAGAGUAGGGGCAGUGAGUCCAAUUUUGUUCAAAAAUGGUGAAGGAUGUGGGGCCUGUUAUAAAGUUAAGUGUUUGGACCGUUCCGUUUGUUCAAGAAGAGCUGCGACGGUGAUUAUUACCGACGAAUGUCCAGGUGGGUACUGCUCCGGCGGCAGAGUUCACUUCGACCUUAGUGGCGCCGCCUUUGGCCACAUGGCUGUUUCCGGUUACGGCGGUAGCCUCCGUGACCGUGGUGUUAUCUCCGUCAUUUACCGCCGAACUCCAUGUAAGUACCCUGGAAAGAACAUAGCCUUCCAUGUAAAUGAAGGGUCAACACCUUACUGGCUUUCUCUUCUUGUGGAAUUUGAGGAUGGAGAUGGUGAUGUUGGAUCCAUGCAUAUUAGAGAGGCGAAGUCGAAUAUAUGGUUAGAGAUGACGCAUAUAUGGGGAGCAAAUUGGUGCAUAAUUGGAGGACCAUUGCAAGGACCAUUUUCAGUUAAGUUAACAACACUGUCAACUGGAAAAGCCCUCUCAGCUAGAGAUGUUAUUCCAGGGAAUUGGUCUCCUAAAGCCACUUACACCUCUCGCCUUAACUUCUUCUAAUUUUACUGAAGAAGAAUUAAUAUACAAGUAGCUUUUCUUAAAAAGGAAAAGUAUCCAAGGCUCUUUCCUUUUUUCUUUUCCUACUUUUUCUUGUUGUUGUUGUGUGUAACUGCUAGUAGCCCUCUCCAAAGGAGAGUGAGCGCUUUUCUUUUGUUUGGGUGUAAUAAGUGUGUGGUGCUAUGUUAAAUAUUAUUUGGGGGGGGGGGGGUUCUUUUCUCUGGUUUUUAACUGAGGAUAGGACCAAAUGAAUGCACAUGUAAUGUAAUGUUGCUUGAUAUGGAAACAUGAAUGAAUUAUGUGGGGACCUUCUGCCCUUUGGGUAGUUUGGUUCUGUUUCCUACUA